CAAGAAGGUGUGACAGACAAGCCAAGAUGCUGGAUACCGUCUCCCGCCUCACCAUCCAUCUGCUCUGGAUCAAAAGCGCAGGAGGGUCCAAGAAAGCUCAAUGUUCCCAGUAAUACAAGCAUGAGUUUCAAGACCGCUGGACGAAGCACUUGCAGCGCUGGUUUCCUCAGUCCGCUUCACGCUUGCCUGAGCCUGAACACAUGACAAGUAAAACCCGAAGGCACGGGUAAGGUGGGGGUGGGGGGGCAGCUGAACAGGAGGAGGAGGGGAGAUGCAAGAAAAGAUCCUAAGUGUUUUGAUUUGCGAGUGCGCUGCGUGUGCGGAUGCAUGAAUCUGCGUCCUCUCUCACCUUUCUUUUUCCAUCUCUCUCUCCUUUCCCUUCCCUCUCUCUUCAAGGUUACUCACUGUUGUUUCCCCAGACUGGAAUCACUGCACGCUUCUCUUCUUUUCUGUCGGAGGACCAUGUGAGGCUCUUGAAUACAGCUGAGCAGCUCUUCUGGAUUUCGCUGACGCUGCGCCCGGUCCCGCCUGGCCUCCUCUGAGCAGGAUGGACACUCUGGAGUCAGAGCUGACCUGCCCAAUCUGCCUGGAGCUCUUUGAAGACCCGCUGCUGCUCCCCUGCGCUCACAGCCUGUGUUUCGGCUGCGCCCACCGCAUCCUCAUCUCUCACUGCGCCACCAACGAAUCAGUUCAGAGCAUCGGCGCAUUCCAGUGCCCCACCUGUAGAUAUGUCAUUUCAUUGAGUCCGGAGCGUGGACUAGAAGGACUUAAGAGAAACGUGACCUUGCAGAACAUUAUUGAUAGAGUUCAGAGGGCCUCAUCUUCCACUGGGGUGCCUCUACCGCUGCCGUUACCCGCGCCCCACAGUGGGCCCAACUCUCCCAGCGAAGAAGGGAGAGACCGGUUGGCGCUUGUCCCAGUCAGCGCCGCCAUGUCCAGCCCAGGUACACCUCCCGAACCGGUCCAGUGCCAGUUCUGCGAGCAGGACCCACCGCAGGAUGCCGUGAAAACGUGUGUGACGUGCGAGGUGUCGUACUGCGAGGAGUGCCUCCGAGCGACGCACCCGAACAAGAAGCCGUUCACCGGCCACCGGCUCAUCGAGCCCAUGCCGGACUCCCACCUCAGGGGGCUCCAGUGCCUGGAGCACGACGAGGAGAAGGUGAACAUGUACUGUGUCACUGACGAUCAGCUGAUCUGCUCGCUGUGCAAACUGGUUGGAAGGCACAGGGACCACCAGGUGGCGGCACUGAGCGACCGCUACGAAAAACUCAGGCAAGCCCUGGACUCCAACCUGACCAACCUGAUCAAGAGGAACAACGAGCUGGAGUCUCUCAUGGGGAAACUGAUCCAGACGUGUCAGCAUGUAGAGGUGAACGCGUCCCGCCAGGAGGGCAAGCUGCUGGAGGAAUGCGAUGUCCUGAUUGACAUCAUUCAGCAGAGGAGGCAGAUCAUUGGCAACAAGAUCAAGGAAGGGAAGGCACAAAGGAUUCGGAAGCUCGCCCAACAGAUCUCCAACUGCAAGCAGUGCAUCGAGAGGUCCUCCGCCCUCAUCACGCAGGCCGACCAGACGCUGAAGGAAACCGACCACGCUCGCUUCCUGCAGACCGCCAAGAGCAUCAACGAGAGGGUUUCCAUGGCGACUGCAUCAACCCAAGUGCUGAUUCCCGAGAUACACCUAACGGACUCCUUCGACACCGUUGCCCUUGACUUCACCAGGGAGAAGAAGCUGCUGGAGAGUCUGGACUACCUUACGGCUCCGAGUGCUCCGUGCAUAAGGGAAGAGUUGUGCACGGCUUCCUACGACACCAUCUCCGUCCACUGGACGUCUGACGAUGAGUUCACGGUGGUGUCCUACGAGCUCCAGUACGCCAUCUUCACUGGGCAGUCCAACAUUGCCAGUCUGUGCAACUCAUUGGAGAGCUGGAUGAUUGUUCCCAACAUCAAGCAGAACCACUACACGGUGCACGGCCUGCAGAGCGGCACCAAGUAUAUCUUUGUGGUCAAGGCCAUUAACCAAGCGGGGAGCAGGAGCAGUGAACCGGGGACUCUGAAGACCAACAGCCAGCCGUUCAAGCUGGACCCCAAAUCGGCCCACAAGAAGCUGAAGGUGUCCCACGAUAACCUGACGGUGGAGCGGGACGAAACCACGUCCAAGAAAGGCCACAGCCAGGAGCGGUUCACCAGCCAGAGCAGCUACGGCGUGGUGGGGAACGUCUACAUCGACAGCGGUCGCCACUACUGGGAGGCUUUAAUUGGAGGGAGCACAUGGUACGCUGUGGGUGUAGCCUACAAAUCGGCCCCUAAGCACGAGUGGAUCGGCAAGAACUCGGCGUCCUGGGUGCUCUGCCGCUGCAACAACUCCUGGGUGGUACGCCACAACAGCAAAGAGCUGGCCAUCGAGCCCUCGCCCCACCUGCGACGCGUCGGCGUCCUGCUGGACUACGACGCCGGCUACGUGACCUUCUACGACGCCGUGGGCUCCCAGCACCUGCACACGUUCCACGUCUCCUUCGUGCAGCCCGUGACUCCCGUGUUCAACGUGUGGAAUAAGUGUCUGACGAUUCUCUCUGGCCUGCCCAUCCCUGACCACCUGGAGGAACUGGAGCCCGACGACUGAAAACUACAGACGGACGAGAAUAAAUCAGCAUGAACUGGUCUUGAUUAUGUUAAAGCUGCACUAGGUAAGAUUUGGGAAAAUGGUAAUCUUUGGAUAGAGAACAAAAGAGUGUCCAAUCCUAAUUCAUAAAGAUCUGGGGCAAGUUGCAUGAAAAUAGACCUAGUCUUUGUCUUAAAUAUAACUAAGUGAGACUUGCACUUCAAUUUACCUGUAGCAUAAAGCUUUCUUACGAGUGACUAAUGUAAGACUGACUUAGAUAGAGUGUUCCGCAAUGCAUUAUGGGUGAAAUAAGACACUUCACAGAUGAGAAAAAAUUGGUGGAUGCAACAGCA